ACCACAAUCGACUGUCAGCUGUCAAAAAUAGCACAUCCAAGGCCAAAUGACCGGGAUAACGGAAUACAAAUAUUGAUUUGCAAUAAUUGCACUUUAGUUAGAUUCAUUAGCAAGUAGCCAACUCCAUCAGACUUAGUCAUGGAUUUCACGGACUUUGAAGUGCGCAAGUGCCCAGCGACAGUGAUGUACAUUCCGAACUUCAUCACGUCGGAUCAGGAGCAAUGCAUCCUAAGUCAGAUUGAGCGGACGCCGAAGCCACGCUGGACACAAUUGCUUAAUCGCCGCCUGAUCAACUAUGGCGGCGUGCCGCAUCCUAAUGGCAUGAUAGCCGAGGAGAUGCCCGAAUGGCUGCAGAGCUACGUGGACAAGGUGAACAAUUUGGGCGUGUUUGAGUCGCAGAAAGCGAAUCAUGUGCUCGUCAACGAGUAUCUGCCCGGUCAGGGCAUCUUGCCGCACACAGACGGUCCUCUCUUCUAUCCAAUUAUAUCGACCAUUUCGUGUGGCGCACACACUGUGCUGGAGUUCACCAAGCGGGAGACAACUGGCGAUGCGGCCGGUGAGGUGUUAUUUAAACUGCUGCUAGAGCCACGUAGCCUGCUCAUCUUGAAGGAUUCGCUGUAUAGCGAUUAUAUGCAUGCCAUCAGUGAGAUAAACGAGGAUACGCUCUGCGAUCGGAUCUGCAAUUACAAUCUGUGCGAGAACACCUACAAGAUCGGCGAUCAUCUGGUGCGGCGAGCACCACGCAUCUCGCUAACCAUACGAAAUGUGCCCAAGACUAGCAAAAUGAAACUGAAAUUCUGUUAGACUUUGUUGCUGUUGCUUAAUAUUUUCCACAAAAUGCACAUGUUGCGCCACUUAGCCCACUGAAGCCAACCUACAAAGCAAAGCAAAGUUAAUGUUAUAUGUAAUAUAUAAGACAAACAGUGAUUGCUCGCUAAAGAGUACGUUUCUAUAUUUAUAUUUAAUGGUUUUAUAGAAUUUAAAAUGUGAAAAUUUCUGUAUUUAAAAUACUUCGCAAAAGUUGUGAUUCUUAGGUGCAUGGCAUUCUAAUUAGCGAGCGAUCACUGUACUUACUCUUUAAAUCUUCCGAUAGUAAUUUAAACACCAGCACAAACACACGCACAACCACGCACACCAUUGAGCAAUGUUUCAUAAUGCAAAUCGCCGACUUUAUGAGCAAAGUUUGUUGGUGUUUUUCGGCUCACCAAGUGCUUUAUUUUUUGGUAACUAAGAUGUCUACUCAAUUAUAACAAUUAUGUAUAGAUAUAUACAUAUGUAUAAAUAUUUAUGUAUGUGUGCCCUGGCAUUUGUAUCAGUGUAUAAUAAUUUAUAGAUUUAGUUAUUGAAAGCAAUAUAUUAAGCAAUUGUUAUGUGGUACACAGUCUCCAGAGUAUUGUUCUGGAGAGCAACUUCCACUAGCCCUUUAUUGAAAUGGGGUCUUUGUAAAAUAUAUAUGUGUAUUUGUGCAUUUCAUGAAUUCUGUGUGAAUAUAUUUUGUAAUAUUUUUCACCAGCUGCACCAAAAAAACCAAAACAAACGACAAAAGCAAUUCCAAGCAAAUAAAUAAAUUUGUUGUCCACUGUUGUGUGCUUGUUCAAAAAUCA